CCUCCUAUAACACUGAUUGUUUGGUAAAUUAGGAGAAAAAAAUGGCUAGGCGUGUUUUAGCCGAUGAUUUGAAGACAGUUGAGUUUGAAACCAGUGAAGAUGUCGACGUUACUCCAACAUUCGACAGCAUGGGUCUUCGAGAAGAGUUACUGCGUGGGGUUUAUGCUUACGGUUUUGAAAAACCAUCGGCCAUUCAGCAGAGAUCAAUAAAGCCGAUUGUAAAAGGAAGAGAUGUCAUUGCCCAAGCCCAGUCUGGUACAGGAAAGACUGCUACAUUCUCCAUCUCUGUGCUGCAGUGUCUUGACACUCAGGUCCGUGAAACACAGGCUCUCAUCCUCUCACCAACGCGUGAACUUGCAACGCAGAUACAAAAGGUGAUCUUGGCACUGGGAGAUUACAUGAAUGUGCAAUGUCACGCCUGUAUCGGAGGUACAAAUAUCGGAGAAGACAUCAGGAAACUGGACUAUGGUCAGCAUGUCAUCUCUGGAACGCCUGGCAGGGUUUUUGACAUGAUCAAGCGCAGAAAUCUGAGAACAAGGGCAAUAAAGAUGCUCAUUCUUGAUGAAGCAGACGAAAUGCUGAACAAAGGUUUCAAGGAGCAGAUUUACGAUGUGUAUCGGUAUCUGCCACCCGCAACCCAGGUGUGUCUGAUCUCCGCCACAUUGCCCCAUGAGAUCCUUGAGAUGACGAGCAAGUUUAUGACAGACCCCAUACGUAUCCUUGUCAAACGUGAUGAGUUGACGUUGGAGGGGAUCAAACAGUUCUUCGUGGCCGUGGAACGUGAGGAAUGGAAGUUUGACACUCUGUGCGACCUCUACGACACUCUCACCAUCACACAGGCCGUCAUCUUCUGUAACACCAAGAGGAAGGUUGAUUGGUUGACAGAGAAGAUGCGAGAUGCCAACUUCACAGUGUCGUCCAUGCACGGAGAGAUGAAGCAGCAGGAACGUGAAGCCAUCAUGAAACAGUUCAGAUCUGGGGCCAGCCGAGUGUUGAUCACCACAGAUGUGUGGGCGCGAGGUUUAGAUGUCCAACAGGUGUCCCUUGUCAUCAACUAUGACCUGCCAAACAACAGAGAAUUGUACAUUCACAGAAUCGGUCGAUCGGGACGAUUUGGUCGAAAGGGUGUGGCGAUCAACUUUGUGAAGAACGAUGACAUCAGAAUUCUCCGCGACAUUGAACAGUACUACUCCACGCAGAUCGAUGAAAUGCCCAUGAACGUUGCUGACUUGAUUUAGAGGAAAUGGAAAACUGUUCAUGAACAGAGAGCCUCGUCAUCGAAACACAUGAAACACACAGGACAUUUAUUGAAUGUCAUAAAAAAUAUGUCAUUAGAAACCAGCCACAAACAGUCUUAUUAUGAAUAUGGAGAUGGUGUUUUGUAAAUAUAGCAUAACAGUUGAAACAAUGUAUGUUUCCUACUUGUGAGUUGGAAUUUAGUGUGACUUCAGUGUAAAACAUUAUGGUACAUUUGUGACUUGUCUUUUAUUGAAUUCUGUACUAAGGAUACUUCACUGAAACAUUAUUUUGGUUUAUGUACAUGUGUAUCAUAAUUUCACUUUUAAACAAACAUUUUGUGCAAAUACAUUUGUGAAUAAAGGCAUUUUUCACCAA